AUGAGGAACCUUCGGGGCGCCGGCGAAGCCGUGCGGCGCCGAGAGGCGAGCGCCCUUUGCGCGGACGGCGGUCCUGAACUCGGCGCGGCUGUCGGCGUCGCCUGUGGCCUUUCCGCAGGUGGGUAUACCCCAUAUAUAGAGAUCAUUGAACAGCCCAGGCAGAGGGGCAUGCGAUUUAGAUACAAAUGUGAAGGGCGAUCAGCAGGCAGCAUUCCUGGGGAGCACAGCACAGACAACAACCGAACAUACCCGUCCAUCCAGAUUAUGAACUAUUAUGGAAAAGGAAAAGUAAGGAUUACAUUAAUAACCAAGAAUGACCCCUAUAAGCCUCAUCCUCAUGAUCUCGUUGGUAAAGACUGCAGAGAUGGCUACUACGAAGCAGAGUUUGGGCAGGAACGAAGACCUUUGUUUUUUCAAAAUUUGGGUAUUCGAUGUGUAAAGAAGAAAGAAGUCAAAGAAGCUGUUAUUUCACGAAGAAGAGCAGGGAUCAAUCCUUUCAACGUCCCUGAGCAGCAGCUGCUUGAUAUUGAAGACUGUGACCUCAAUGUGGUGAGGCUGUGUUUUCAAGUUUUCCUCCCUGAUGAACAUGGGAAUUUGACAACGGCUCUAGCUCCUGUGGUGUCAAACCCAAUUUAUGAUAAUCGUGCUCCGAAUACUGCCGAAUUGAGGAUUUGUCGUGUGAACAAGAACUGCGGCAGUGUGAGAGGAGGAGAUGAAAUAUUUCUACUAUGCGACAAAGUUCAGAAAGAUGACAUAGAGGUUCGUUUCGUGUUAAACGACUGGGAAGCAAAAGGUGUCUUUUCCCAAGCGGAUGUGCACCGUCAGGUGGCCAUUGUUUUUAAGACGCCGCCGUAUUGCAAAGCCAUCAUAGAACCCGUAACCGUGAAAAUGCAGCUGCGCAGGCCUUCUGACCAGGAAGUUAGCGAGUCCAUGGAUUUCAGAUACCUGCCAGAUGAAAAAGACACUUAUGGCAAUAAAGCAAAGAAACAAAAAACAACUCUACUUUUCCAGAAGAUAUUGCAGGAUCAUGCAGUUAAUUUUCCUGAAAGACCGAGGUCUGGUCCCCCAGGAUUGACUGCUGCAGGAUUCAUCAAAAAAGAACCAAACUUGUUUUCUCAUCAUGCAGUUGAGACGGAGCCGCCCAGACCCUCAAGUCAAGCAGAGUCCUACUGCUCCCCACCUGUGCCCGUCUCACGGGUGUUCCCACAUUCCAGCUCCACCACACCCGCCAUGGUGUACCCACCUGCUUCACACUGGUCUUCAGGGACCCACCCCAACUCACACUCAGUCAGUGCCAAUCCACCUCAUGGUUUUCCAGCAGGAACACUUCCCUCUAACUCGCAAGGUGUCCCGUCAUUCCUGAGAAUUCCUGUUCUGAAUGCUUCUAAUGCAUGUAUUUAUAACAGUACUAAUGACUUAGGCAGAAUGGAAGCCCCAGCCAUGUCACCCGCUGACUUAUAUGGUAACUCUGAUGCCAGCAUGCUGCCUACCUGCCCUGUGGAUCUAGCCUCCUGUCAUGAGAGCGUGGGGGAGAUUGACCAUUCAGGACACGGACACAUGAAUCUUGCCAACCACACCUGUAAUUCUGUUCUGGACUCAGUAGACUUGAGACAUUUUCCCAGCUCCAGCACCGCUGCGUUUGCUUCACAGCCAGAUGUAUUUGAGAGCCCAACCUUCAGCUGUGCAGAUAACAGCAUGCUGAAUGAGCCAGGCCCCCCAAACAGUGCUCAUCCAGGCAGCCAUAGCUUUGGUCAGAGUGGUCAGUAUCCAGACAUUAGCAUGCAAAACGAGCAGUUGAGUGACUCGUUUGCAUAUGGCUUUUUUGAAGUAUAAAUUGCAAGACUUAAAUGGGGAUUUGAGAUUUAAAUCCCUUUAAAUGAUUACAUUUUUAAAAAUUUUUAUUAAUGGCUCUUAAGCAACAUUUGCAUCAAGCAUAUUUGUUGCUGCCUUCAUUUCCAGAACAUCGUCUUUCUACUU